CGGCAGCGCGGCGACCCCGGCCCGCCAUGGGGCCCGGCCGCGCCGAUUACCUGGCGCCCUGGUGGGCGGCCUGGCUGCACGGGCUCCCGCACCGCGGCCCGCGCCUGCAGCCCGUGCCCAGCACCUUCCGCCCGCAGGACCCCGACUACCAGCAGUCGCUGCUUUUCCUGGGCUUGGUGGCCGCCAUGUGCCUCGGCCUCAACCUCCUCUUCCUCACCGUGUACCUGAUCUGCCUGUGCUGCUGCAAGAGGGACCAGGACCCCGAGACCAAGCGGCCCCACUCGUGCUGUGUCACCUGGAUGGCCGUCACCGCCGGGCUCAUCUGCUGUGCGGCCGUUGGCGUCGGCUUCUACGGGAACAGCGAGACCAACGACGGGGUUUUCCAGCUGCUCUACGCCCUGGACCACGCCAACCAGACCCUCACUGGCAUCGACUCCCUGGUUGCCAGCACCACGCUGCAGAUGCAGGGAGGGCUGGAGCAGCACCUGGCGCGGCUGAACGAGCUCCUGGCCUCGCGGGGGGAUUACGUGCAGACCCUCAAGUUCACUCAGCAGCUGGCCGGCAGCAUCGUCCUGCAGCUGCAGGGGCUGCCAGCCUGGCGGGGCGUCAGUGCUGACCUCACCGAGCUGUCGGGACAGGUCGCCUACGUCGAGUAUUACCGGUGGCUGGCUUACCUGCUCUUCUUCAUCCUCGUCCUCACCGUCUGCCUGCUGGCCUGCCUGGGGCUGGCCAAGCACUCCCGCUGCCUCCUGGUCACGAUGCUGUGCUGCGGGCUCCUCAUGCUCAUCCUCAGCUGGGCCUCCAUGGCUGUGGACACGGCGGCCGCGGUGGGCACCAGCGACUUCUGCGUGGCCCCGAACAAGUUCAUCAUGAACCAGACAGACGAUGAGAUCAGCGCAGAGGUGGUUCAUUAUUACCUGUACUGUGACCAGAGCCUGAGCAGCCCCUUCCAGCAGGCUCUCACCGUGUUCCAGCGCUCGCUGACCACCAUGCAGAUCCAGAUCCAGGGGCUCAUCCAGUAUGCACUGCCCCUCUUCCCCACAGCCAAGAAAGACCUGCUGGGGGUCCAGCAGCUCCUCAACUCCUCAGAGACCAGCCUGCACCAGCUGACGGCCCUGCUGGACUGCCGGGGGCUGCACAAGGAUUACCUGGAUGGCCUCAUCGGGAUCUGCUAUGACGGCGUGGAGGGGCUGCUCUACCUCGGGCUCUUCUCCCUGCUGGCGGCUGCCGCCUUCUCCACCGUGAUCUGCGCGGCCCCGCGCGCCUGGAAGCAGCUGGCUGGGCGGGACCGGGACUACGAUGACAUGGACGAGGAGGACCCCUUCAACCCGCAGGCCCGGCGCAUCGCCACGCACCGCCCGCCCCGGGGGCAGCUGCGCAGCUUCUGCAGCUACAGCAGCAGCCUGGGCAGCCAGAGCAGCCUCCAGCCCCCGGCCCAGACCGUGUCCAACGCCCCCGUCUCCGAGUACAUGAACCAGGCCGUGCUCUUCGGAGGGAACCCCCGCUACGAGAACGUGCCCCUCAUUGGCAGGGGGUCUCCUCCCCCCACGCUAAGUUGCCCAUCAAGAUACUCCCCGAGCAUGAGAGCCACGUACCUGGCGGUCACCGAUGAGCACGUCCGGCACCGCGGCGACUUCCCGGCCUAGGAGGAGAUUCCGCUCGGGAAACCAAAGAGCCCUGGAGAGCACGCGGUAGGAGACGCGGCGGGGGCCGCAGGACUGGAGCCUCCCAGCACCCCCCACCCCUCGGCAGCCCCCCGGACCCAAAUCCUGCUGCCUUACGGGGUCUGGGGAGCGCAGAGGGGUCUCCGGUGUCUUCUCCUGUCCCUGCGCCGGCUCGGGAAUGUUCUGGAGCACAAAUCCCGGGACACGCCGCCGCCGGGUCCGGGCAGGGGCUCCCGUAGCAAUGCAGCACCAACCACUAGUGAUCCCACCCCCUUCCCGACGCCCCUUCCCGGCUGUCCCAGCUCCCCUGCCCCCCUCGCCGCCCCCUGGCCGGAGCGUUCCCAGGCUGAGGAAUUAGGGAUGUUUUGGCCUUGCUGGUUUUCCUUUGCUUUGCCCCCGGGAUUUGGGAGCUGUGGGAGGCGCUGGCUCUGUUCCAGAGAGGGGCCGCUGCACUGGGGUUGGUAGCGGGUUUUUGGGUGGCUUUAGGCUCUUUUUGGCUCCCCAGGGCAGGUGUGGGCUGGGGCAGGCUCCCCUCCUCCUGCAGCCCUGGAGUGGUCACAAAUCCCCUGGGAGAGGGACAGGAACUCCCGGGGCAUCCCUGGGGUGGGUGAGGUGCCAGGGAAGGGACAGCAUGGACCUGCCACCCUGGGAGGCUCAUCCAGCAUUUCCAGGGCUCCAGGCUGAGGACUUGGGAGACCAGUAUGAACUGAAUGUGGCCCUUUGGGGCUGCCCUUUGGCACAGGGAUCCCCAGGAAAGGCCCCUUCACCCUGGAGCAGGGACGGACCCCCCGCCCCAUCACAUCCAGACCCCAAAGGGUGCGGACAGGGCAGUGGGUGUCCCCCCACCCAGGGCCAGGAUAUCCCCUGACUCCCCCUCUCCACAUUCCCUGUAACUAGCCUCCCUCCCUUUGGGAAAAUCCCGAGGGAUGUUUUUUUUAAUUUUUGGCUUUUAACGUUUCCAUAUAAUGGUACUGGUAGAAGAGCUGUUGUAACCGCAUGUGAACUAACCGAAGGACUCUGGCUGGGAGCUGGAGUCCGGCUGGAUUUGUAUGUGCCCUUUUGGGGGGAAAAGAUAAUAAACACUUGGACUAAA